UAAAGUUGUCUUUUAAAAAUCCGCGCGCAUGUACUCACACUUCUAAGGGAGUGGAGGGGGCUGGGUUGGAAAUGUACGUGCUGGAAAGAGAACAGCUAGGCCUGUUGCUUCCCAGAGCGCGCGGGGUCCCCUUGGGGGCGGUCCCCUGGGCUCUUCAACCCAGUGAGAAUCCUGGCUCCAGGACCCCUGAGCACCAGAGGCCUGGGAGCCUGCUGGCCGCUGUUCCCUCCUGUCCCUCCGGCGCGGAGUCCCGCUGCUGGAUCACCAGGCUCAGGAGAGAACUGGAGGGGCGGGGAAGCCAAGCAGGUGGCGAUUAGGCCAGCCUCGGAGCAUUCUUGGGACCGCUCCAGUGGAUAUAAAUAACAGACCCACAGGCUCUGAAAUCCCAAGAGGCUGGGGGUGGGGCAGUGAAGAAGGGAUAUAUUUAGGGUGGGGUGGCAUCGUGACGAUUCGGAAAAAGUCUACAUUGGACAAGGAGGUGAGACCAAGGGACUUGGUGAUGAGCAUAGGUACAAAAUCUGGGACUGUGAACGCGGAGCGGGGAGGAGUUCGUGCUUUUUUUGUCCCACCUCUCAUCGCGUGUUUAUCUCGGGUCGCGGAAUGCGCACCAGAGCAGGAAACAGAGCGGCUCUGGGUAGGCAUGGCUUUACAGUCCCAUUUCUGCCAUACUAGAAGUGGCAUGUUAGAGAUCCUGGGCACACCGCUGAAGGUUGUCUCAAAGCCCCAUAUUCUGACGUCAAUGUGAAUCGUAAUGUUUACAGGGAGGGGGUUGUUGAGAGCCCCCCGGAGCUAACUUCCAAGAAAGGUGCUCUCAGCAAAGACCGUAACGCAGCAUUGUCCCCGAAGCCCAUUCAAAUGAUGAGGGUGCAGGUUUCGGUUCUCUCCUACCGGCUUCCCAGGCUCUGCAAAGGUCGGAGAGCAGCAAAGCUCAAAUCUAACUCUCGGGUAGCCUCACGGCGCCACCUUACAUUGUUGGCUCCGCUCUCUCUGCACGGAGGAGCAGAUCUCAUGGCUCGCACCCCAGGAGCCACCGGGCGCGGGGAUGCUAUCGGUGGGGUUGGGGCGGUGGCACCGCGGAGAGGGCGGGCCCCGGGGGCCGGGCUUCCCGGGGGAGGGCCCGGCGCGCUCCAGGAGGCGGUGGCCCGGACCCGGGAGUGGUAAAACUCCGGACUGAGCGUGGCCAGAUUCCCCCCCAACCCACCGAGGGCCCCUGAGAGGACGUGCCAUUCUGGACGAGCGGGGCUGACUCAAGAGGAAACAAGGCAGCGUGAUAGUGGCAGCUUGGAGACUUGGACACGGUCCUUGCAGUGAUCUGGAGACCCCAGCACCACACCUGCCACCAUUCCGUGCUGCAGGGACACCAUGGCUCCAGAGGAAGACGCUGGAGGGGAGGUCAUAGGGGGCAGUUUCUGGGAGGCUGGCAACUACAGGCGGACGGUGCAGCGGGUUGAGGAUGGGCACAGGCUGUGUGGAGACCUGGUUAGCUGCUUCCAAGAACGUGCCCGCAUCGAGAAGGCCUACGCCCAGCAGCUGGCUGACUGGGCCCGCAAGUGGAGGGGUGCUGUGGAGAAGGGCCCUCAGUACGGCACCCUGGAGAAGGCCUGGCAUGCCUUCUUCACUGCGGCUGAGCGGCUGAGCGAGCUGCAUUUGGAGGUGAGGGAGAAGUUGCAUGGCCCAGACAGCGAGCGUGUGCGGACCUGGCAGCGUGGAGCUUUCCACCGGCCGGUUCUGGGUGGCUUUCGGGAGAGUCGGGCUGCAGAGGACGGUUUCCGUAAGGCCCAGAAGCCCUGGCUUAAGAGGCUGAAGGAGGUUGAGGCUUCCAAGAAGAGCUACCAUACAGCCCGCAAAGACGAGAAGACAGCCCAGACCCGGGAGAGCCACGCGAAGGCAGACAGCUCCAUGUCCCAGGAGCAGCUUCGAAAAUUGCAGGAGCGGGUGGGACGCUGCACCAAGGAGGCAGAGAAGAUGAAAACCCAGUAUGAGCAGACCUUGGCAGAGCUAAACCGCUAUACCCCACGCUACAUGGAGGACAUGGAGCAGGCCUUUGAGAGCUGCCAGGCUGCUGAGCGCCAGCGGCUUCUCUUCUUCAAGGAUAUGUUGCUAACCUUGCAUCAACACCUCGACCUGUCCAGCAGUGACAAGUUCCACGAACUCCACCGAGACCUGCAGCAGGGCAUUGAGGCUGCUAGUGAUGAAGAAGAUUUGCGCUGGUGGCGUAGCACGCACGGGCCCGGCAUGGCCAUGAACUGGCCACAGUUCGAGGAGUGGUCCUUAGACACACAGAGAGCAAUCAGCCGGAAGGAGAAGGGUGGCCGGAGCCCCGAUGAGGUUACUCUGACCAGCAUUGUACCCACAAAAGAUGGCACCGCACCCCCACCCCAGUCCCCAUCAUCCCCAGGCAGUGGGCAGGACGAGGACUGGUCAGAUGAGGAGAGUCCCCGGAAGGCUGCCACUGGGGUGAGGGUACGCGCGCUUUAUGACUAUGCUGGCCAGGAAGCUGAUGAGCUGAGCUUCCGAGCAGGGGAAGAGCUGCUGAAGAUGAGUGAGGAGGAUGAACAGGGCUGGUGCCAGGGCCAGUUGCAGAGUGGACGCAUUGGUCUGUACCCUGCCAAUUAUGUAGAAUGUGUGGGCGCCUGAGUGCCCAGACAGCCCUACCACUGAGUCUCUCUAACCUGGGCCAGAGCGCAACCCUUCCUGGACUGCUGGACCUGUGGGCCCUGAAUCACGUGCUGCUGCUGCUGUCCCUGUUCCCAAAGGAGGAAGUCUUAGGGCUCAUGAAGGGAAGGGGUCUGUGUCUAGAAAGAGGCCAACAGUUUAGGGUGAGGGCAGAAUGGGAGGUUGGAGGGACAGAGGGUUCAGAGAUGCCAGAGCCUCCCCGGGAGCAUCUGGGUCAUCCCAGGAGUAGGGGAUCCAGCUCCUAAGCUGUUUGGGAGCUCCUGGGGUGAGGUUGGGGAGAAUGUAUUGGGGCUAGCAGCACCCUGUUUUGUGACUUGUUGUAUGUAGUGUGUAUUAAACUUGAUCAAGAAUAAAAAUCCCA